AUGACAUCGUUUCUUUUAGUUUCCGAUGCUGGCGAAAAUGAGAAACGAAACGAUUUCUCACGUGAUAUUAUGCACUUUGGCAAACGAGCAUAUGGAAAUGGCCGCCUAGUUGCUUACGGUGGUCCUGCGGUCAGUUUCAGCUCCUUCAAAAAAAGAAUGAAAUUGGUUUUUUUUCAGUUUGAACGAGAUAUGAUGGCGUUCGGCAAGCGAUCGGGAGGAUUCGAACGAGAAAUGAUGAGCUUUGGAAAGAGAUCACCGCGUGGUUCGGAAUUCGAUCGGGAGAUGUUAUCAUUCGGGAAAAGGGACGAAUUUGAGCGCUCGAUGAUGGCAUUUGGACGACGAAGGAAAUGA